UAGAACUAGGUGGACAUGGCAGCAGGGUACGCAUCCGGUUAUUCUCUACAACACACUCCAACAUGGGCAAUUGCCCUUGUUUCUUUCAUUCUUAUUUCCAUCUCAAUCAUCUUGGAGCAUCUCAUUCAUCUUAUAAUCCAAUGGUUGAGGAAAAAUCGGAGGAGCGAUUUGGUUGAAGCAAUAGAGAGGCUUAAAUCAGAGUUGAUGAUCUUAGGAUUCAUGUCGCUUUUGUUGACAGUAACUCAAGACGCUAUAAUAGAAAUCUGCAUACCAGUGAGGGCUGCAGAUACGAUGCUUCCAUGUCGUAAACUAACUUCCAAUGAUACUGCAAUUUUGGAUUCUUGCAGUGCCAAAAAUGCUAGUAAAGUUGCUUUAGUAUCAAAGCAUGGAAUCCAUCAACUUCAUAUGUUCAUUUUUGUUCUAGCUCUCAUGCAAAUUGUGUACAGUUUUCUCACCGUGUCUCUGGCAAGGGCAAAGAUGAGGCACUGGAAAGCAUGGGAUGAAGAGACCCAAACAGUUGAAUAUGAAAUUGCCAACGACCCUAAUAGAUUCAGAUAUACAAGGCAAACAACAUUUGGAAGACGGCACAUAUCUACUCGUACGCCAUCACCAUUAUAUGUUUGGAUUAAAUGUUUUUUCAGACAGUUCUACCAUUCAGUAGAAAAAGUUGAUUAUCUCACCUUGAGGCAUGGUUUCAUAUCAGCUCACUUUUCAGCUAGGAACAACGACUUCGAUUUCCAAAAUUACAUUGAACAGUCACUUGAGGAAGAUUUCAGAAUCAUAGUGAGCAUUAGCCCUGUGAUGUGGUUCACUGUUGUUAUUUUUUUGCUGGUGGACGUACAUGGCUGGCAUGUGUAUCUCUGGUUAUCCUAUGUUCCCCUCUUGCUGGUUCUGGUUGUGGGAGCUAAACUUGAAGUCAUUGUCGACCAAAUGGCUCUUAAAAUGAAAGAUGUCAAUAAUGUGACCAAGGGGACCCCACUUGUUUGUCCAAGUGACAAAUUCUUCUGGUUUGGCCAUCCAGGAUUUGUGUUAACACUCCUACAUUACACUUUAUUCGUGAAUGCAUUCGAGCUUGCCUUCUUUAUAUGGGUAUCAACACAGUUUGGAAUAAAUUCUUGCUACCACGAACACAGAACAUUUACAAUCAUAAGGGUGGUGAUAGCGGUAGCCGUUCAAGUCCUAUGCAGCUAUGUUACUCUCCCCCUCUAUGCACUAGUGGCACAGAUGGGUUCAGAAGUGAAGAGCAAAGCAUUGGCUAAAAUGCUGAAGCAGUGGCAUCUUGAGGUUAGGGAGAGAAGGAGGAACCGAGAACAACUCAAGUCUUUUAGUUUUAGGCACACAAAUAUGUCCUCAGAAUGGAGCCAAGAAAAUAAGAGUGCCCCUGAUUUUUCUUCCACACUUUGUGAAAGCAUUCGUUCCUCUGAUGAAGGAGAAAUUGUAGAAGAAUUGGAGCAUAUGGAGAAAACAAAGGCGAGCUCAUCAAGUGAUCCACCAUGUGUUGUUUAAUUAGUAUUGCCAAAUCUGAGGGGUACAUAAUGAAUUAGAACUUUAAAUAGUAUUGAUUCUAUUGGACGUCAUAUUCAUUUUGGGUACAUAUUAAUAACUUCCGAUUUUAGUAGUGUAAAUUGCGUUAAUGUUUGAAUCUCUUGCAUCCAUGCAUUAGUUUGUACUUCUAAUAUAAUAUAGUAAAAUCUGAUGUGAAUACAACAAUAUUAUUUCUUUGUAGUACUAUAAUUAGGUUUUUUUUUUCUACUCAAUUGAAUUUUAAGAUAUUUUUAUAAAUUUUGAUUUUUUUAGACUAAUUGUGAGAUUAUUUUUUUAUGAAACUUAAUCACACUUAAAUUUAUUACAUUUCUUUAAAGAUAUACAAAAAUUGAACUUAAAUCCUUCUUUAUAAACUCAAAUGUAUAUUAUCAACUAUGUGACACUUACAAGAUAGAAAACUUGGUAUAUUAUUUCAGUUCAAAACCAUAACUCUAAUUAAAAAUUAAGGAAUAACCACACCUUAUUCCCUUAAACGUUUUUCUUUUGUUUAUUUAUUUAUUUUGUUGAAGGGGAUUUUAAAAGCAUAUAAACAAGAAAAUCCUCUUGUAAAGUUCAUUUACUUGUCGUAUUUGGUGAGGACAGGGAGUCAUCAUAUGCAAGGAUGAAUUUUCUUAAUAGCUUCCAAAGAUCAAUAAGCAGUCACCUGAGCACAUCCAGAAUGAGAAGACUGCAAGUGGUAAUAAAAACAAUUUUCUUUCUUGUCACUAUUACUUGACUAAGGUCUUAACCCCAUAAGUGGUGUCUCUGGGGUGAAGCCAAUCAUGCAAAAUUAGUAGUACUUUUUCCAUGUCGGUAUACCCCAUCCUGAUUCUAUUGAACUUAACCAGCUUGCAAAUCGGAUUUUGUUGGUGUGACAACUGUAAUGUUAAGAUGCCCGAAUCCAUAUUUGGAUCAAUUACCUUCAUGUAUUUGCUCUUUUUUUUACAAAUUUUAAGAAACUUUUGGAUUUACUGACAAGAAACAAUUUAUUUGGGGUCCUUUGGCUUUGAGUUGGUCUCUUAUUGCUUGCUAGUGAUGAUGAAUCAUGAACCCACUCAACUUGGUUAGAUCUAACUUGUUCUAGCAUAUGAUUUGACAUGCAUGUAUAGAGCAUCGUAUUCUCCUUUUGAAGCAUGGACAGAAGAGUCAUUUUAUGAGCAUUGAAGAUGUGGAGUUUAGAAUCCAUGUCCCAUGUCCAUGGUGUGACCACAUAUCCUUAGUUGUCUAAGGUUGUCCCGCACACUUCUCCACGUUCAUUUGCCUUCACUCGCUUCUCUAGCUACUUCUCUUUCUUUUCACCACCACCACACCUGCCGACAGGCCACUACUACUCCCUUCUGCCACCAAGUGUUACGAAAAUCUCUCUCUCUCUCUCUCACACACACACACAAAGUACGCAAGCAAUGGCAAACAAAAACUUUCUAUGCAUUAUAGAAGAAAUGGAUAGGCUUUGGUUUCACCAAGCUAUUCUUUUCUCAGAACCAACAGCAUCAGUUAUUUCAUUACCAUCUCCACCAGAUGAAAAAAAACCUGUUCCUACAUCAGAAUCCGUGUCUUGCUCAUCAUCCAUUCUUUCUUCACCACCUCCACCAGAUGAAGAAACUUCAACGGAUGAAUCACCCUCUUCAGAGCAACAACUCUCAUCAGAAUCAAUGUCAGUGCCUCUUCAGGUAUAAUUCAAAAGCAGUUAUUUUUAUUCCUCCCAUCAACAUUCUAUCUAUUCUAUUAUGUGUUAAAUUUUAUGUCAUGGCCAUUCUUUCUUCUUUUUUGUUUGUUAUUUUUACUGCCACAAAGGAUGGUUCAAUCAACAAUGAAGAGGAAAGGAAGGACGGGUUGACUAGAAUGAACCUUUUGGAUAACAGAACUCGUUCACAUUCAUCCUCACCAUCAACUCAAAACCGUCACAGAAAAUUGAGGAAACCAGCUACUACUUGUGCAAGGAAACUACAGAAGUCCAUAAGUUGCAGAACACUUGGGGAGCUAGAACUUGACGAAGUGAAGGGUUUUAUGGAUCUUGGUUUCACGUUCAAGAAAGAAUGUCUUAGUCCAAGAAUGAUGAGCGUUAUACCAGGCUUGCAAAGACUUGGUGUGAUGGACGCCACAGAAACGGUUGAAGGAAAUCAUAUCGAAGCAGAGGAACAAAAGAGAGGCAUCAUGAGACCAUAUUUAUCGGAGGCAUGGCCUAUAAAGAGACCCGAUUCACCGCUACUGAAUUUGAAAAUUCCCAAACGUUGUUCAUCUGCCAACAUGAAGAAACAUCUUCGGUUCUGGGCUAAAACAGUGGCCUCAGAAAUCCACCAAGAAUGAGUUAUGGUCAAUACUAAAAAAUAGUCACAAUUCACAAACUUAAGCAAAAAGCUAUAGUAAUAGUAAUAGUUCAUAAUGUUUUUUUGAUUCCAUAAAGUUUUGGUGAAUUGGAUUCUGAGGGUUCACCAGAGUCAUGGCAGUCCCCAGUCCCCAAGGCUUAAUGAACACUUCCAGAUGUACUUAUAGAUUAUCUACCAAUAAAGUUUUCACAUCCUUUUCAUA